AUGGCUAUUUUUAAUAUAAAUGAUGUUGACUAUCUUGGUCGUGUUAAUGAACAUGAUCUUACCGAAGGCACGGCAAAAAAGAGAAGAACUAUAAAAGAAAAGCUAUUCUGGCAUAUCAAAAAACAUGAUAUAUCAACGGAAAACCUAUGUCGAGUUGAAUUAGUUACAAUGCCAAGAUUUUGUGGUUAUGCGUUUAAUCCUGUUAGCAUUUAUUAUUGCUACGAUAUUAACGAUGAAUUGAAAGUACUUGUUUUGGAAGUUAAUAAUACUUUUGGUGAAAAACAUUUAUAUAUUUUGGAUCGUGAUAAUGAAGCUGAUAAAUCAAUCAGACUUGGGUUUGAUAUGAGUUUUACUAUAAAACGUGCAUUUCAUGUAUCACCUUUUAAUGAUCGAAAAGGCAUAUAUAAAGCAUUCUGUAAAGAUCCUAAAUCAGGGUACCUUGAUAUGAGACUAGUCAUGUAUACAGAUCCUUCUCAUUCAGAUGAUGUUCCUAGUGAAAAUAUUACCCACAAGAGUAAUACGCCGAUACAACAAUUUAGAAAAAAAAUGGUUGCGACAGCAUCUGGUCACUCAUAUUCUCUAAACCUGAUUAGUGUAAUUUAUGCAAUUAUGACAUAUCCAUUAGAGAUUUUCUUAACUAUGCCACGUAUUCUUAAAGAAGCAUACAAAUUACAUUAUUAUAAGGAUUUAGGAAUAUAUCAUAGACCUAUUCCAGUCGAGGGAACUGUUGUGAAAUUGGAUCCAAAUUUCAUUGAUCGACAUACUUCAAUAAUUAAUAUAACUAUACAUCUUCCAGAUCCGAAUAUACCUCCAAUUCAAAUACAUUCCGACAACUAUAAUGGAGAUCUUCAAAAUAUUAAGCACAUAAAGAUUUCAUUGCAUAACUAUUCAUUUUUUACCAAUAUUUUAAUUAAUCAAAAUUUUUAUCGAGCGUUACUUAUCGGAUAUUUUGAGAAAGCAUGGGAUUGUGAUGAUUUACCGUCGUUGAUCGACUUAUUUUUUAAUCAUUCUAAUAUUAUUGAAGAUGACCUAAAAGAUAAGCAUGAUAAUUCGAUACACAGAGAUAAUAAACAAAGGUUAAGCUUUUAUGAAUCUAAAAUCGCAAUGAUAAGAAGAUGGUUUUGGAAAAAAUUAUUAACUGAUGAGAAUGCUGGAGGUAUUAAAUCGAAACAAGAAUUUGAUGAAAUGUUACAUUCACUUUGGCCAGCCGAAGGUGUAGAUCAAGAUUUUAUCACCAGUAUAGCACAGAAUGAUGUUUGUUUUGAUCUAAGGCUUAAAGCAAUUAUUAACUCCCACAAAAACGUUGCAAUAGCACUCCGAGAUCUCUUAAUAAAAAACAACGAAAAUAAGAUAUUAGCAUUAUUUGGAUAUACCCAUUUAUAUCUACUGACCAUUCCAUCAAAUAAUUCGAUUAAACACCUACAACCUUUAAUUUCACAUCAACUACAUUUAUUACCAUUUCCACCACGGUACAUUCCGUAUGAAGGUAAAGAACCAAUAGUACACUUAAUUGAUAGAUUUGUGUUUUUAGAUAAUUAUUCAAUAUUUAAAAAAAGGUGGGAAAAAAUAAAAUAUUUGUUAAUGGUGGGAUUAAUGGCAUGCGCAUAUAAAGCAGAUUUUAAAUUCUGGAAAUUGACUACGAGAUUUAUUGAUGGGCCUAGUGGGAAUCCAUUUUUAGGUGAGAGGUGGUUGUGGGAGGGAGUGAUUAACUUGUUAAAGGGCGGAAAAGAUUAUGAAAAAGAAAUUUACAGGAUUGACGAUGAAGAAAAGAAAGAAAAUAAUAACUUUCUUGAAGGAUGGGAAGUUGUUUAUGAAAGAAAAGCAAAUAGUAAUAAGCUUGAACUAAUGACACCACCAUCGCCUUUACUAAUUCUACCAAGAAAAGAUGAAAUAUUAAAAGAAGAUAAACAAUUUAGGUUAUGGUAUUUUAUGAAAUGUUAUAGAAAUAGGAUUACGAAUAUGUUAUCCAAUUAUCAUUGUGUCGUCUUCUUUAUCCUAAUCGCUGUACUCAUGGUUAAAGCCUUUCCUAAACAAAAUCUACGUGUCCGCAAUCCCUGCUUUCCACCGAUUGAUACAUGCGUUUCUUCCUGUGCUGCACCAAAAUUAAUUCAAGACUCUUCAGGUGCUUCAAGUAACAAUUACGAAUCAUGUUUUUCAAAUAAUCAUGCUCUCGAAAGUUGUGAUGAGCUUGAACAACAGGUCGCCUAUUGUAACCAAAAUGAAAAUAAUUACAAUCUCGUGUGCAAACGUACCCCCUUAAAUAAUUUACCAAUCCACUACAAACAGCCUCUUUUUAUGGUUCGCUCUUUGUUAAACAAACGAUCACCUAUAAUCUUGGAUAUUGGAAGUGAAGGGUAUAAUCAAUAUCAGCAAGAGAAUUUAUGUGAUUCAGAUCUUGCGGAAUGUUGUUCACAACAACAGCAACAAAGUAUUUGUAAUGAAAACGAAAAUUCAUUUUCAAAAGUUGGAAAACGAAAUUUAAACAAAAGGAUAAUGAAUAUUGGAUAUCAGGGUCAAAAAAGGAGAUUGAAUGGUAGAAGUUAUCUUAGUAACUGUAAUGGGUUGUAUAAGAGAGACGGAAAUUAUCCGAGAUUUACGCGUUAA